AUGGGAAUCCAACCAGACGCCCUGGAUUUCCUGCCCGUGCGACUGCCCAAGUUGGCCCUGCAUGACUUCCCCUACGCAUGGGCAAUAGCCAUUGGUCUUCUCGCAUAUCUCGCCCUGGUUCGAGCCUUGCGUUUCCGUGCCGUACGCAAUUUGGAACGCCAAUAUGCCCACCUCCUCAAAGACCCGUACUCCAUGCACUACAGUGAGGCACACAAGAUCAUGCACCUAUCCAUGCUCUAUGACAUGCCCUUCAUCUUCGCCUUCAGUGGCCAAUUCUCUCUCCUCAAGACGUUCGCCAUCGCCUCAGGUACCGAACUGCUCGCAAAGACACGUCAACUUAGUACUUGCCCCAACGUUGGUCGCCGCAUCAAUGAUACCGCCCUCAUCACGACCGAGUUUGUCGUGGGCUCCAUGGACAGCGAGCGCGGAUCGCGAGCAUUGGCCAAGAUGAACUGGAUGCACCGGCAGUAUGGAGACAAGAUCACCCAGCCAGAGAUGCUCCACACAUUGGGCGUCAAUACCCUGGAAGCAAUCCGCUGGGUCAACACCUAUGAGUGGCGUCAGCUGACGGAGUUGGAACAAGUGGCCAUGUUCGUCUACUGGAAGGAAGUCGGCAACCGCAUGGGCAUCAAGGAUAUCCCGCCCACCAUCGAAAAGAUGGCUGAGUGGAGCGAGGAAUAUGAGCAGACGGCCAUGGUCUAUUCCGACAAUAACCGCAAGUGCGCUGAUACCGCCGUCGACUUCUUCCUCAAACAUGUCUCUCCCGGCAUGCGCGGCUUCUUCCGUAAGGUCAUGAUGGCUUUGCUCGAAGACAGAACGAGGAAUGCGUUGGGAUAUCCGGCAGCUUCACGCACCAUGCAAGUUUUGGUGUAUCGGUUCUUCCGGCUCCGUGCCUUUGUGGUCCGCAACUUCUUCCUUCCGCGUAUGCGAGCUCUUGAUCCUCUCGCCAAAGCGGACAAGAAAUCUGGCCGCCUGCAUCCGGCGAAACAACAAAGUAUCGAGCCUUGGUAUGUCAAGGAUACGGUGUGGAACAAACUCUCGGCCUUGUUGUCGGGCGCUCAAUACGUUCCUGGUCCAGAGUUCAAGAGCGAAGGCUACCUGCCUGAGGAGCUCGGCCCUGCCAAGUUUGAGAAGGUCUCGCGCGAUGCGGUUCUGAAAGAAGCAGAGGCCCUGAGGGAAUAUGCAGCGGAGGGAGGUGCCACGAUAAUUGGCUGUCCUUUCAAAUUUAACUAG